AUCACUAUUUAGAGGUAAACAUCAAGCCUUGCUACUAUAAAGAGACCAUUCAGAAGCUAAGACAAGGAGUCAGGGAUACAUUUAGUCGAAUAGAAAAAGUGUGAGAAAGUAGGGCAGACUGGAAGAGAGAGAUCAUACUGACACACACUUCUACCUACUUCUGCCAAACUCCUGAAUAUCUGCGUAGAAAGCUCGGCAGCAGACUCAGCUUUACAUCUUAAAAAUGCCCUGGUCAUUAAGUCAGUUCCUAAGAUGUUACCUAACACAGCGCCGAAAUAAUCAAAUCCGGUUGAUAAGCAAAGAAGGCCACUGUAACAUUGAAUAUGGCAAAAUGAAAUACAGCACCUGCUUCGCCUACAUGCAUGACAUCUGGUCCACAUGUGUGCAGAUUCGCUGGUACUCCUUAGCAUUCUUCUAUGUGGCCUCCUUCAUUUUCAGUUGGUUUAUCUUCACACUUAUCUGGUACUGGGUUGGCUAUAGUAAUGGAGACUUGUGGUGGCAAAACCAACCAGCUAAUCACAGUGCAUGUGUACUUAAUCUCUAUGACUUAACCACUGCAUACCUCUUUUCAGUGGAAACACAGCUGACUAUUGGCUUUGGCUAUAGAGUAAUUACCCCAACUUGUCCAGGUGCAAUUACUGUCUUCAUGGUUCAGGUUCUUUCUGGUAUCGUCAUUGCAUGCUUCUGGUGCGGUGUGCUUAUAGCCAAAAUUUCCUUGCCCAAGAAAGUAGCCAAAGCAGUCACUUUUAGUGAGAUGGCUGUCAUCUGCUUUAAACAGGACACACUCAGUUUACAGAUACGUGUGGCCAACAUUCGCAAAAGCUUGCUGCUCGGCAGUCAAAUCUACGGCAAGCUGAUUAGGACAAGAGUCACACCUGAAGGAAAGACUUUCAUUAUGGAGCAGGUCAAUAUUGACUUCAUGGUGGAUGCUGGGAAGGACAACUUGUUCUUUGUCUGCCCCUUAACCUUAUAUCAUGUGAUUGACAAGACAAGUCCAUUCUUCCAAAUGGCUGUGGACACUCUGCCCCAGCAGGACUUUGAGUUGGUGGUGUUUUUGGAUGGCACAGCUGAGUCAACCAGCUCUCCCUGCCAAGUCAGGACUUCAUACCUCCCUCAGGAAAUCAUAUGGGGCUACAAGUUCCUCCCCAUUGUCUCACGCAGUAAAGAAGGCAAAUAUCUCAUAGACUUCUCCAACUUUGACAAGGUGGAACCUGUACCAACUGCUCAUUGUGCAUACUGCUAUCAUAAUUUGAAUGGCCACCACAGCAUCUCCAGAGAUGGCAUCGAUAACACAGGUUUUGAGGUGAUAGAAAUUGGCAGUCAAGUCAAUCAGUCAAGUUCUGUGAAUACAUGAAUGGCACAUGUUUAUGUUUGACCUUAAUGUGGGAGACACUUUGUAGUAAGGGGCUAUAAAGGUGAUAUGAGCAAAAGACACAGUUUUUAACUAUGAAGUGAAAUAUGUAGCCAAAAAUACAAAAUAUAAAGUGUCUCUUAUAUUCUAAUGAAAUAUGAUGUGUCUCAUUUAUGUUGAAACACAAAUCUUCAAAAGCCCCAUCAGUAGCUCUAAAUUAUUUGGUGCUUUUUUUUUU